UUUUUUUAUUUAUAGUAUAUUUCCUUAUUUUAUAUUGAUCUCACAAUGAAAAAAGACACGCUAUUUGAUUAUACAACUAAAUUUAUUUUUAUAAAAUAUUUUGAAUAAAUUAUUUAUACACAUGAGUCAAAUUAUGAACUUUUCUCAAUCACAAACCAAUCAUGAUAAUGUUAUCCCCAACAAUCCGAACAGUUUAGAUGAAUCGACAUUAAAUAUUUCUGCUUUUCAUUUGAAUAAUACACAAGAAUAUAUUAAUGAAUCAGCUGUAAAAAAAGAUAAUUUAGAAAAUGGCCAUCAUUCAUUACAAUCCAAAAUUACUUGUCCUUUAGAUCAAAAUAAUAUUAGUAAUGCCCAACAAUGGCUUCAAUCUCAACCACUUCAUAUGAUAGGAAUUUUGCAUUUUCAAAAUACAACAUAUGUUGUUAAGAGUGAUAAAGUGCUCAUAGGACGGAAAGGAAAUAAUAAUAAAAUUGACAUAGAUGUUGGGUUUUCUAAUUUUGUGUCUCGUACACAUCUUGAAAUAUAUAAAAGUGCCAAUCAGGGUUAUAUGGUAAGAUGUGUUGGCAAGAAUGGUGUUUUUAUUAAUGAAAUAUAUUUAUCCAAAGAGAAUGACCCCUUUGAACUACCUGCUGAAUGCAACUUACAUUUUCCCAACACCGACAUUUCCAUAAAAUUUAAAUGCCUGGCUUACCGAGAUGCCAGGGAGAUCGAACUAGAAAUUAGAGCUUACAUCUCCUCGCUCCAAGACAAAAACCUCUUAAAUCUCACUAACUCAAUCAUCCAAACUAAUAAUAGCAUUAUCUCUAAUUCAAAUCUCAACCAAUAUAAUUCUGAUUCUUUAAAUGCAUUGUGCCCUCAAAAUGAGGCAUUCGUUACGAAAACUAGCCUUGACAGAGAGAUUGAGUUACAAAAAAACCUGAACAAAACACCUGAGAUACAUGCCAAAGUUGUCAAGAGGGUAAAAAGAAAGUUGGACGGUUACCCUAAUAGCUACGACCAAGAAGAGGGCGUUAAGGAUGUGUGGGGCAGAGAUGACCGCGACAAAUUCGAAAGGAAUUAUUCGGAUAAUAUGUGCAAUACAACAAUUUCACCCAACUCGAAAAUCGUCCCUAACUCUUUAAUAAAAAAUAAUGGAAGCAAACCUAAAAAUUCCUACAAAAAACCUCCCUUUUCUUACGCUCAACUUAUAGUGCAAGUCAUCUCGGGAGCCCCGGAGGGCUUUCUAACGCUAAGCGGCAUUUAUGAUGCUCUUUCCGAUAAAUAUCCAUAUUUCGAUAACACGGCCGACAAAGGCUGGCAGAAUUCCGUUCGGCACAAUCUGUCCCUCAACCGUUACUUUACGAAAGUUCCUCGAUCCCAAGAUGAGACUGGCAAGGGUUCUUACUGGAAACUCGACAUAAGUAAAGCCCCGGAACCUGAAACAUUAAUAGAACAGGCUUUCAUGGACAAGAAAACAAUGGCUGCAGUUCACUCCGCGUCUUCAAACGGUAAUGGGACGGGUUCAGGAAGUUUCAAGAAUUUUUCUUCCAAGUCCCACCUUUUCAAUCCGGAUUCGCCUGGUAAUUACCCCGAUAGUGCGAGGAAUAAUGGGUUCAUUGGUAAUUCCGAUGGUAGACGCAACGAGGAGAGCGAUAGCAAUAACUAUAUCAUUAACGAGUCUUCUUAUAGCGCUGAAGGACGCGAUGGUUUCAAGAUGGCAAAGAAAAGGGGGCGACCAAGAUUGAACAAGCCACGUUUGAACCAAAACAAGUCCAAUCCACUCACCAACUAUGUCAAUUUAAAGCCUGGCGAAGAUAAUACAGAUAAAGCGAUUGCUUCUUUGCCAAUUCACAAUAAUGCCAUAGAUCCAUAUUAUCCCACUAUCACUCAAAAUCCCGUCGCAUGUGACGAUUCUCAAAUUAAAUCCAAAAUCUCUUCCCAAGACCUCACCAAUAUCUCCAACCAAUUAAAUCAUUAUGAAACUGAUUCGAUAUUCAAUAACCUUGGAAACAGGACAGAAAGGGAGCUAGAAAACAACGUGGAAGACGCACGAGCUCAACAUAUCGAGGGAAUGUUGGAUAAUACCGAACCUUUAGAUGACGCGGCUCUCAUGGCAACCAGUCUUUUCCCCGAAACUAAUCCUCUCAAGAGGGCUAUGAUUCAACAGUUGCUAGAAUCGGCUGGUGGCCAUCAAAAUUUUUGAUAAUUAUCUAAAGAGAGAAGUGAAAAAAAAUACAGUGGGGAAAAAUCAAAAUUGGUCUCGAUAUGUUACGAAAAUCAUCAGAUUGCGGAUAAUCCGAAUCUUAUUUUAAUCUUACAAAAAAAUCUCAACUAAUUUUUUAAAUUAUAUUUAUAUGUACAAUACAUUUAAAAUAUUCGAACUCUCAUUAAAACUCUAAGUUAAAUAACAAUAUAUCAUAGCAUUUUUGAACUAACAAAUGCUAUAUUUUUAAAAAGAAAGUGAUCAAUAUGGACUUUUUAUAAACCAUAUUUAAAAUUACUCGAAUUCCCUAGAAUUUAUGACACAUGAGGGUUCUUAAAAAAUUUUGGUUUCUUCAAUUCCUAUGAGAAUCGUUUUAUUUUUAUAUAAAAAAAUCACGUAAUUAAUUUUUUUUUAAAAAAGUAUUAUUAGCCUCCCUUCCCAUUCAAAAAAAUACUAAAUUGAAUUAUUUAUUUAUUUACUAUUUUGUUAUUAUUUUUUAACUUUUGAUAUAUUUAACAUUUUAACCUAUUGUCUAUUUUUUACUAGUGACAGUCAAGUUGUAAAUUUUGAGGAGUUUUGAAUUGGUAUUUUUUUUUAUCAAGCUCUGAUAAAAGUCCAUUAUAAUUAGGUUUUAAAUGCUAUAAAUGUUUUUUUUAAUGUAAAAACUAAAAAAAUUUAUUUAUUUAAUCCGAAUAUUAAAUAAUCUUUCAUAGUUUAAACUUUUAUUAAAUUAUUAAUUAUAUUCAACGAAGAACUAAAAUUCAGUUUUCCAUAUUUUCUUAAUAAAUCUAUCUAUUAUUUUUCCCUUCUCUCCUUGUAACGAUAAAAUUAUGAGUAAAUAGGAUCUUUCGUUCACGUUUGUUAAAUUAUUAUUUUUAAAAUUAGUAAUCUUACAAUUCUUAUUUUUCUUUUAAGAUUUAAGAUUUUUUUAAAAUGUUAUUAUUUAUAGAAUUAUAUUUAAAAGUCGCCAAAUUUUAAAAAAAAUUAUAUUUCGCGAUUUUUGUCCCGAUUAUCAAUAUCGAAAUAUUUUUUUAUCUACUCUUUUUAUAUUUAUCAAUUCUUUUAUUUUAGUAUUUUUCCUUUAAUAUCUCUAAUAUAUUUUUUUAAUUAUCAUAAAAGUUACAUUACAUUUUUUUCUCUUUUAUCCCUUAAUUUAAUUUAUUUAAAUAUUAUCUCAUCAUCAUCUCAUAUAACUUGGUAUUAUUUUCUGUUUGUGGUUAUAUUUAUUUAUUAUUUUAAAUCGUGGAAAUUUAAAAAAAAAAUUACAUUAAAAUGUCUUAUUAUAUUUUUUUUCAUUUUGUAAACUUAAAAUUAAAAAUGUUUCAUUUGAAUAAUUAUUGAUUCCAGUGUUGUUAUAAGCUACUUUUAAA